AUGAUCUCGGAGGAUAUCCCAAGCGAUAGCAACGCGGUGCUGAUUUACGCCCCAAGCGUUGCAUUCUUUGUUGUCACGCCUAUCUUUAUCCUUUUCCGUUUUUGGAGCCGUGUAGCUAGAAGAUCGGGUCUGGGUUGGGAUGACACAGCCAUCAUUAUAUCCUUUUCAUCUGCCUUGACUGUACAAACUGUUAUGGUAGUCUCCUGCAGCUACGGAUUUGGCCGCCAUAUCGAAACCUUGAAAACAGAUGACAAGUUGAUGGCGCUCAAGUUAUUCUAUGUCGCUCAGGUAUUCUACAAACUCACUGUCAAUCUCGCCAAAAUUUCGAUACUCCUACUAUAUCUCCGUAUAUUUGUCCAAAAAUGGUUCCGCAGAUGCUGCUAUACCCUCAUAGGCAUCAUCGCCUGCUAUUUGUCGAUAGCCUCGGCCUUAUCAAUCUGGCAGUGCCAUCCACUCAGAGGUGCCUGGGACAAGUCUAUCCAGCCAACUUGCAUCAGCCUGAACAAGAACUGGCACGCGAAUGCUGGGUUUUCCAUCGGCACGGAUACUCUGAUAUUGAUGUUACCGAUGCAACCUAUAUGGAUAAGUCAACUCCCCGUCACGCACAAACGAGCACUCAUAAUGGUUCUUACCAUGGGUGGCGGUGUUGUUAUAGUGACAUCCAUCGUGCGCAUGACAACUCUCGAUCUGGCAACCAAAACUCCCGAUACAACCUUCGACAUUAGCUCCAUAAUGUGGACUAUAAUCGAACAAAACUUGGCUAUUAUCUGCACAUGUCUCCCUAUGUGCCGCAUCCCCCUUGCUAUAAUCCUCCCAUCAUGUUUCUCUAGGUCAAAAAUAUCAUCACACAGUGUUUCUCAACACAUCGAUGGAUCUCGAGGUCAGACUGGCUCGUGGAAUCCUUACGUUGGGCCCAGAAGUGUACAGGGCCUUACACGAAGUGUCGUACUUCCAAAUGAUGAAGUAAGUGAGGAAGUCAUAUUGGGCUCGUUAGAAAGAACUGAUACACCGUCGACAUUGGCAAGUGCUGCAGGUGUGAUAAGGAAGACUGUUGAGUAUGGGGUUACAUAUGAGACUAACCCAGAGGCCAACCCCUAGUCUGGGGCAUGGGCUAUAUAUAGCAAACUUUCAGGUCUAUGCAUGUUCAAUAUAUAUCAUGUUCUUCUCUUUAUUCUCAUUUUGCCCACCAUAUGACGU